AUGUCCGGUGAAAAGAUCUACGAAGGCGUAUUCGCCGUCCACAAACCCCAAGGCGUCUCCUCCGCCGACGUCGUCCGCACCCUCCAAACGCACUUCAACCCCUCCACGCUCUUCGCCCCCUGGCUCGCCGACGAGCGCGCCCGUCGCGCCCGCGAAAGCACCUACCAGCGCAAGCGCCGCCGCACGCAACGUCUCGACGUGAAGAUCGGCCACGGAGGCACCCUCGACCCCCUCGCGACCGGCAUUCUCGUCGCGGGAGUCGGCAAGGGCACGAAACACCUGAACGAGUUCCUAGGAUGCACGAAGCAAUAUGAGACCGUUGUGCUGUUCGGCGCCGAGACGGAUACCUAUGAUCGGCUGGGGAAGGUGGUGCGCAAGGCGCCCUACGAGCAUGUGACAAGGGAGAUGGUGGAGAAGGCACUGGAGCAGUUCCGCGGGAAGAUUAUGCAGAGGCCGCCAAUUUUCUCGGCGCUGAAGGUGAAUGGCAAGAAGCUUUAUGAGUAUGCCCGCGAGGGCAAGGAGCCGCCGAUUGAGAUCCAGAAGAGGCCGGUCGAGGUGACGGAUUUGAGGAUUGUCGAGUGGUACGAGCCUGGAACGCAUGAGUUUAAAUGGCCUGAGGUUGAGGCAGAGGGGGAGGAGAAGGCUGUUGCGGAGAAGUUGUUGGCGAAGGAGGAUGAGUUGCCGAUUGUGGAGAGGGAGGCAGAUGGUGAAGGAGAGGCCUCUGCGAAGAGAAAGUCCCCGCCUGCGGAGGAUGCUAAGGAGGAGAAGGUAGAGGGUGGUGAUGCUGAGUCUGCUCCCUCGGCUAAGAAGCAGAAGGUUGCUGAUGGCGAGGCUGCGCCUGUUGCGCCGGCCGAGCAGGAAGCGUCGGAUGCUCCCAAGGCUGAAGCCGAGGAAUCCUCGGAAUCCAAGCCCCAGUCCCAGCCUCAGCCGGCUGCAGUGAAGAUCACCAUGACGGUGUCUUCUGGCUUCUAUGUGCGCUCCUUGGCGCACGACCUGGGCAAGGCGGUCGGAAGCUGCGGGCUGAUGUCCUCGCUGAUCCGGUCUCGUCAGGCUCAAUUCGAGCUUCACCCGGACAAGGUGCUCGAGUAUAAGGACCUCGAGGCCGGCGAGGAGGUCUGGGGCCCCAAGGUCCAGCGAUUCCUCGAGGACUGGGAGGAAAAGCGACUGGCUCGGCCGUCGUCUCCGCGUUCCCCGAAACAAAAUUAG